AUGAAUCAACAACCAGAUUUCGAAGUUCAACACCAUGAAGAAGAAUAUGAUGCUCAUAAACUCCUGGAACCCAUCAACUUAUCCCUCCUCCACCUCGACAACUUCAAGAACACAACCCACCAAAACCGCCAUUCAUGCACCACCUGCGCAUGCAACCCAAUGAAACGCCCUUCUCCAGAACCCAAAUCCAAAACGCCCUACUCCCUCUCUGACUUCUCCAAGAUCCCACUCCCACAGCUUCACCGCACUGUCUCUGAACCUUUGUCGCCUACAAAGCUAGCCAAGGUCUUGGAAGAUUCCUCAUUGUCAAAAGGAAGUGCUUCUUCUUCAUUGCCUCCCAAACCCCCUGCUUUAAUCAGGUCAAUAUCUGAUCCCAUUUUCUCUCCCGCUAAGACCUUGUCGAGGACUUCAAGCCCACAGGAAACGGGUAUGGAAUUGAUCAUCGAGGAAGAGAGUCCCAUUGCCAAGAGACUGAAAAGAAUGAAGGAGAGGGUGAAAGUAAUGAACAAUUGGUGGGGUGAAACUAUAAAAGAUGUUGAAGAUGUACUCUCAGUGUCAAACUCAAAGAAUAAGGAUGAUGUGGAUUGUGAAGAAGCUGUGAAAGUGGAGAAGAUUGGGGAAUGCUUGGACCUUCAAUUCAAGUGCCCCUGCGGAAAAGGCUAUAAAAUUCUUCUCUCUGGAAACAACUGCUAUUACAAGCUCAUUUAG